UAAGAAGAGUGUGUGUGAUUACAUAAAAAUGUAACGUACUUUUGAAGUAUUUUAUUUACAAGAAAUUAAAAGAAUUUGUGUUGUAAGAUAUUUCUUGUUAGUGUGUUGAUAGCAACUCUAGACUACCUGUCAGCUGAUUAGUUACUUUUGUAAAUAGAGUUUUGAAAUGUGUGGCUGCGAUAAUGUUGUGAUUUAAUUGUUUUAGUAAGUAGAUAUGACCUUUGUAUGAGGAAGUUUAAGUGCAACUGAGAACAAAAUGUUAAGUGCUGAUGACGAAGAUGACUUUUCUUCUGCGUCAAGUUCCAAACUGGCGUCUCUGUUCGGGUUGAGCAGAGAAACGGAAAAGGGAAACACCACCCUGACAUACACGGCUCCCAAGCAGCCCAGGAAAGAGGAUAAAAAUGCCCAACAAGAUCAGCAAGCCAAUCAGAGUGCAGGGAAAUCUGCAGUGAAGCCAGCAAAACUGAACAUAAUAGUAGUGAAACCUGUCCACACAUAUAAACUGGAAGGUAUCAGCUACACCCCACAAGGCAAACUGGGAGCAGCUGUGCUGGGGAACUUGGAACUGCGAGUCUUCCAGCUGUUGCUGUACAAGGGACAGCAACAACACGUCACCAGCGCCAGAGUCACCUCCAAGUUUCAGUUCACGGUCCAACCAAAUAACUACGGCACAUUCUAUGAUGAUCAAUCUCAAAAUUGGUCCAUCAUGUUCGAAGGAGCAGAUCAUGCUGUGGAGUUUGCCAGAGAGGUGGGUCUUGCGAGAGCCACCAGCCAGAGUGCGGAGGAGCAGCAGGGUCCGUGCGCACAGGAUCUGCUGGCUGGGGCGGGGGCCAAGGUGAACCUCGGGGACUCGCUGGAGAUACAGUACAUUGCCAGACAACUGACCGGCCAUCAACUGGGCAAGGAAAUUGACAGUAGUGUGGCGAGUGGCAAAGGUAUGCGUGUGAAGGUCAAGAAAGAUGUAUGGGAAGAAUGUCUCGAAGGACUUUGUAAAGGAGCCAAGCGCUUGAUAGUGUUGCCUCCAAAUUUAAUGGGUAUGUGGAAAGAGCAAGUGGAUGUUCAUUCUAGGCUGGCAUUAGAAGUGGAGGUCACUCGUGUGAAAAUAAGUUUAGGUUCCAGGGAAAAUGUUCACUCCAGGUUACCGUCCUCACACGACAGUGGAGAAAGUGCUUUCGACUCCAGCGCGGACGACGGCAGCAUCAAGGCCAGGGGAGCGUCCAUCUCGGAGGCCUUAUCCAACAGCCCCAAGACCAACAAGGCCAGCAUCAUCUCCCGCAUGGCAAAGAUGGGACAAGCGACGCUGCCCUUGAAGGGAGCCAUCACGUGCAACCCCAGCGACUCCGAGGAAACAGAGGAGGAAAGCGGGAGUGGACCGAGGGUGCCCCCACAGCCGGCCAAGCCAGCGGCCAAGCCUCGCAGCAUGAAGUCCCGCUCCUCCGCGGCCGAGGCGGCGCCCCAGCCCCUGGCCCUGUACCACGGUGCCGGCGUGCCGUGGCAGCACGCCCAGCAGUUCAUGCAGUAUGCAGUGGCGCCCCCGUAUGCCGCUGUGGAGGGCCAGCUGUUCCCGAUGGCACAGCCGGUGUUCCCAGCGCCGGCCGCCACCCCUCCGGCCCUGACGCCCCCUGACGCGCACAUGGCUGUGUUCCUCUCGGAGACGCGCGCCCACAACUCCGAGGUGCGCAUGGGCGUUGCAAAGGUGGCAGACAAGGUGGACCAGGUCAUCUGCAAGCUGGAUGUAUUCCACCAACAGCAACAGCAACAGCAGCAGCAGCAACAAUUACAAUUACAACAAUAUCAACAUCAUCAACAACAACAAAUACCUCAAAGGUCAGUGACCAGCGGAGGUCUGGAUCCUGAAACACUGCUAGCGAGCAUCCAGAAAAUAGUGACAGAGAAUGAGCGACUUCACGUGGAGAUCACAGAGAAGAGAAGCAAGGUGGAUGAGCUAAACGACAAGAUGUACAAACUGUUGCAGACUAACCAGAAGUUCCUGGAGCAGAAGAAUGAUAAUAUGGGCCAAAGUGACUCCACGCAAGUCAUGAUGGUAACUCUUCAGCAAGAGAAAACAAGGAUCACCUCAGAUCUCCAGUCGGCAGAGUCCACGAUAUUGUCACUGCAGGCCCAAGUAACGCAUCUGCAAGAAAGAGAGGCCUUCUUAUCCUCAGAAGUUUCGUCUCUCUCGUCUCGGUUGCAAGCAACAAGAGAAGAAGUAGCAGAGAAGAUAGAAUUGCUACAGGGUUUGGAGAACCAGCUAAAACAGUCUGAAAGCUGCCGGUGGACAUUGGAAGAAAGUUUGCGGAGUUCGCAGGACGAACUGUUGAAGAUGUCACAGGAGAGAGACGAAUUGGCAGAACAGUCGGUAGCUGCCCAACGUCAGCGACAGAGUGAAUGUGAGCAGGCAGUGAAUGUUGCCGUUGCUAAAUACAAGGAGCAGAUACAAGACUUGGAAGCUAAGAUGGUGUCUUUUGUAAGUCCAGCUGGUAAACCAUCUGAGGAACAGCUAAGAGAAGAGUUUCAACAAAAGUUGACUUUUCAGAAACAGGAAAUGGAGACAAAAUAUUCUUCCAUCAUCCAAAAGCUGGAAGAAGAAAUUUCGAACUUGAAGUUGAAAAAGAUUGAGGCCAAAACCCAGGAUGUGGUGUCAAGCAGAGAUGAAAACAGGAGUGUGGUUGUGGAGGAGGUCAAAAAAGUUAUGAAUAUGGUUUACAAACAAUUGCAUGUUCGCUUUCAGCCACAAAGCUCAUUCCAGGGUUCUGAAGUCAGAGACGUUUUGUUGGCAACUAUCAGGGAUGUAACCCUCCAGUUGCUGGCAGGAAAAGAUCCUGCAGUUGUGGUUGAACCUAAAACCAGCACAGAUCGUGUUGAUGAGCCAAAGACAUCCUGCGAAAGUGCUGCGGGACAUGAAGGUAUAAGUGUAGUGCCAGGCAAUGACAGGAGAGUUCAACGCGAACCUACCUUAACUGUCGAAACAAAAAAUAUUGUGCGUGGUUCAGAAACAGAGACACAAAACGAGCCUGGAAAUAAGACUGGAUCAGACACUGUUACAAAUUGUCCAGAAGAUCCACCAACAUUGUCUCCUGAACCAAAACAGGAGCUGAAAAAAUCUGGGGAAGAAUUCUUUUCGGACAAGGAUUGGCUGCCCCAGCGUCCAGUCCCACCGCCAUUGUUCGAUGAUAACGAAGAUGACGAAGAUGACUGGCUGAGUUGAUGUUAGUCACCUUUUGCUUCACUUGAAGAGCCACUGAUUCCACUUCGGUUCCCAAGCCGUCACCUUUACGCUUGUGAAUGGCAACAAGAUGAAGACUAACUUAGACAACAAUGUUAGAGUUCUCUCAGAACACUUGCAGUCUAUGAACACAGGAUGUCUAUAGAUCACUAAAGUCUUGAAAAGGUCCCAAAAUAACCAGUAAUACUGCUGUAGCCAUGAAAUUUCAAUUUCCAGCAGAAAUUUGCUAACAUGUAUGUUGGUUUUAGAUGCUUCAAUUCAGUUUAUAGUCACACAUUAAAUUAAAAAAAUAUAUUUGAAGACUGACUAUCCUCUUUAAAAAAUAAUUUCUGAAAAGGUUUUAAUUUUUUAACACCAAUGCCAGCACAUUCCAGCGGCUACAUGGAUCUAUUUAGUAUUACGUUAAAAUUUUGCUUAUUUUGUACCAAAAAAUUACCCUGUGGUGAAAAUAGUUGUAAGAUAAUUGUAUUAAAACGUCCUGAAAAAGUUAUGAAAUUGGUUUACCAGGUAUUUGUAAAAAUCCUGUCAUAGUUUCAUUACUGCUAAGUGAUGUGUAUGAGUUCAAUUCAACCCUGGUUUCAUCCUGAAGUUGGAACAUUUAUACUAUACCCCUAAUUUUAUAGUUAUUAAGACUGUUAAUAGUUAAUAAAUAGCUUUGAGGAAUGUCCAUAAAAAUGUGCGUGGUGGGCAAACAUUUAAAUAGUGUCCGAGUGCUACUAUUGUGCUUACAUGUGUUUAUCUUUGUGUUCUCUAUGAUAAUGCAUGAAAACUUAGCUUGUUUUGAAUGAAAUGCAACAAAUAUUACUAAUUUCAUGUUGUCGUAUUUUCAAUCAUGGUGCUGCCCACAUUGAUUGUGAAUGUGAUGACUGAUCUGGGAUACUCACUUUCUUGACCUACCACACUUUAUGAUUCAGUUUCGUAAUUUACUUGCCGGUUGUCAGUAAUCCAUACUUUUUUUAAGCAAAAGAAAAGCUUCAUUAUAUGGAAAAUGUAAUGUCAUGCUCACAAACUGAACUUAUUUUUAUGUGCUUUUCUUCUAGCUCUGGAAAGAAUAUAUUUUUACUCAGGGAAGUUUAUAAUACAUUAAUAUGUACAUAAUAUGAUUGUUUCACUGUUAUGAACUUUGUUACAGUUGGAAAACUGUUAGGUUUUUUUCAGUAUGCAUAUGAAGGAUUAAUUCCAAACAAAAAAAAUUUAUAGAAAAAUGAAUUUUUUUUUUCCUUACUGUAUGUAAAAUGGUCACUUAAACCUGUCUGGAUUCUGAAUCUACACCAUUUUAGGCACUAUGUACAUCAUUAGACAAAUUUCUUAAGUUUGAGACAUUUUGUAAGUAUUUCUUAGUUCCAGUAAAAAUUGUUAGAAAAAAAUGUGUGCAGUGUAGUAUAGAUUUGUCAAAAUAUGCCAAGUUCUCUUUAAGAUAAAAUAUAUAUAUUUUUUUUCUUUAUGUAUGGAUAUGAGGUAAUGUUAUUUUAUUAAUGACAUGCAAAAUAAACCUUCAUGACAGGUUUUCUACCAAAAAAUAUUUUUUUAUGUCGUUUAAAUAGUAUUUUAACCUUUUGUAUACAUAAGGGGUUGUUUCAGUUCAAUUUAAGUGGUUAUUAUUUCUUCACUGUCAGCAGACACGUCCUUGAUGUCAUCAAUGGCAUUUGUACAUUGGGAAUUCUAGUUUUUUAAGGCCAAACUUUGUAUUAUAGUUUAUCUUUAUAAAAUUUGCACCCAUUUUGUGCAAGUGAACCAUGGGGUGGCACAACAAAGAUGUGGUGGCUGUUAGCCUUAGCUUGGAAUUAUCUUACUCCGUGGGAUGUAGUUAAGCUAGCUACAAGUCAGGCAGGGGCCUGAGUGGGAGCAUAUUCUGCUCAAAAAGAAAGUUGGGGGGGGGGGAGAUUUUUUAAGAAUUAAACAUCUUUAAUUCAUUGUUGUAGUUCAUAUGACUUCUCACAGAUGACACAGUGUCAAUUUCUUAAUCAGUUUCUUUCAAAAUGUUAAAAUACCAACUACCAACUUUUUUUCUUCUUUCUUUUUCUUUCUUUCCACUUCGGAGGGAGACCAUCCUGGAUUCGGCCUUGGGCCUGAGUAAAUACGACUGACUGAUAUUCACACCAACGCAGUGCAAGGCAAAGCCACCUGCACUGCUCUUGACUUGCAUCCAUCACGUUCUGCCUGUCCUGUUGCAAGGGGUAUAAGUGAUACAUGCCCUUCAACUCAUGUUUUCAUGUCUGCAUGGCAAAUACAUCCAUGCACCUGUCACAGAAUGUACAUAUUUAAUCCCACUUUAGCAUGUAGAAUGUUUUAUGUUGCACAUUUGGACGGAUAUAUUUAAGUGGCUCCCAGGAGAGGAAGCACGAGUAAGAAAAGUUCUUGUGUGCUAAGAGACUAGAUUAGCAUGCCUGCACUGCCGAUAGGUCUUUUUCAAACUAGAAUUUUCACUCCAAUAGAUAUAUUAAAUCAGAAUUAAACUGAAACAUUUUAAAACACAUUUUCUAGUACUUAGUAUACGUUUGUAUAAUUGUUUUUGCUUAAAUGACAGGAAUACUUUCGACAAACAAACCUGAACCCUAUUGAACUGAUACAACAUUUAAGAUUUGACAGGAAAAAAAUUCCUAAAGCCAGACUUUGGACUUGAUUUUUGACAAGAAAUUUUAUUUAAAUACUGUCCAUCUUGUUAUAAUUCAUCCUUGGUUGCUCCACGCGAACCCUGAAGAUGGCAUCCACGAGGGACGCAAGAUGGCCCCAAGUGCCUCAUGUCUGUGACUCUCGUGUCUCGGGGUUGGUUUCCUCCAGCUCAGUCACAAGUGGCAAGGUUUCUGGUGGGUCGUCGCAUGUCAUGUUAGGCCUCGUUCAAAGAAACACCUGUGAUAGUGAGUAGUCGGGAUCGUCCUCGCCUGUGGCGUUGGUAGCACGAGGUCUGUUUCGGGCUCGCGUCGGCUUGUCCUUGUGUGAAGGGCAGGGCUCUGACUCCUGUCCAUUUCUACCACAAGUGUUGGUGACACUUCAGGUCCCCUUACUGGUAAUGGGUGAUCUGGAGACGUCUCCAUUUCCAUUGUUUCUGGGAAGUUAUCCCCUGGCAGCUCAGUGAGGCGCAGAUAAUCUUGGAGGACCAUUUAACAGUGUGGCUGUCCAAAUGAACCAAAAAGGUGGUUUGGCCUAGCCUUUUCUGGAACUUGUAGGGACCUAAGCAUGGAGAGGGUGUGGAGUUCCAUGAGUGGCCCGCUUUAUGGUCAGUGGCAGGUUGUGCCCUUGCACCAACUCUGCAUUUGUCAUGCCACUUGCUGUAUUCACCCGGUGGUGGAUGCAUAACAGGGUGUCAGCUAUGUGCAGAUCCCAUUGGGUAGGUCCUAGGCAUAUGGGACACUGUGUUUUCAGUUCCUGGUUUUGGCGCUCUGUUGGGUUAUCCUCAGAUGGUAUGCGGAAGUUGUGUGGUACUUUUAGAAAUCGCACCACGCCUUCCAGUGCCUUCCCAAAAACUGGCUGCCAUUGUCUGAGAGGAUGGACUGGGGGUAGUCCCAUUGUGGUAGGAACUGGAAGGGGUGGAAGCUGUGAGGGUGAACGCUCUAACGUGUUUGCACGAGUAGGCCUCUGUACACCUCGUGAACAAGUCCUUGACUACGAGUAAAAAUCUCUUUCCCCUGGGUGUACGAGGGUACGGGUCCAGUGCAGUUGUCUGUAACCCUGUGGUGGGCCUCCGUAACUGUUGCUGAUCAUCUCCGUCCCAUCUCCAAGCUUUCCGCAACUGGCAGGUCUCACACUCGCGUACAUACUUUUGUACAUCGCAGGCGACGCCAGGCCAGUGGUAGUGUUGAUGGACGGCACUUGUUGUCUGAUCCGUGCCAGGAUGGAUGGCCAGAUUGUGGUCGUGGAAGAUACUGAGUAUGGCCCACCAAAAAUAAGUUUAUCAGUCCGUGUUAUUAUCAGAUAUUUCCAGCUAUUUUUUGGAGGUGAUGCCAUAAAGGUUUGACUGCUUCGAUUGUGCUGGACCAUUGCAUGGCACUUAAACUUUUGAUUUAAAAUCUGGUAAAUGUUUGCAAAUUAUUGACCAACCCUUUUGUAGAUGAUGAAAUGAAAACGUAAAUUUCUUGAAUUGUAUUUUAAAAAUUAACAGUGACGUACAUAAUAUUUGCUGCAUCAUUGACUAACUAACUGAGACUAUGAGCCAAUCAUGGGACAUAAAAUACGCAAUUAUUUAUUUCCUUUUUUUUUUUUUUUUUUUUUUUGCCAUCCAUUGUGUUUUUCCACACAUAUUAGAACCAUUAUCAUAACCUUGACCGCGUAAGUUUUGAGUGUUGAGAUUUAAUUGUGAAAAUAAAUCCAAAAGAAAAUAUAAUAGACCUUCAUCUGUGGAGCUGGUGAUCAAACAGAAACCAAUGAAAUUUCGCAAAUCACAACAUUUUAGUUUCAUUGUCUGAAGGAACAUGCCUGAAUACAACUGUAAUUUGUUCUAUGUUACUUGCAUCUGGUGUGCAAUCUAAUAUGAUGGAGAAAUAUUUUGAUUCUCUGACUUUGUCCAUGAUAUAAUUAUUAAUGGCCAUGCUGAGUAAAUCAAUUAUUUCAUUCUAAAUUUGGUCUCCUAAAUAUUGAGUCAUAUGACUUGAAUCAAUCUAUAAACUGCUACAUAUCAGUAAUGAUAAAUUGCUUACAGUUUAUUCUGUAGUACCUUGUCUUGUUUUGCUGGAGUCUCCUUCUGAAGAAGGAAUACAACAUAACUUUUUUUCUUCAGAUACCUCCAUAGCUUCAGGAUUUUAGGCUAUGCUUGUUGAAGCUAUGUCAACAUUUUCUUGAUAUUCCGUUUCCGUAGUGUCUGGCUUGCUUAAAAUUUCAGUAAAAAAAACCUGCCAGAUUUUUUUCCUGUACCUCCUUAUCUGCGGAAUAAUAUACAAAUCAGUAAUUGGUUGAAUGACUGGCAAGGGGUCCUCAAAUUUGAGCUUUUGUAGCCGAUUGAGCAUUUGGAGCAAAAGUCAUUUUUAUUUUCCUUGGUGGUAUCAGGGAGAAUAUUAUAAAUCAGCUUACUGAUGAUGUAGCAACAAACGUUCCUUUGAAAUAUAACGUGUGGCUGGACUCUAUAUAUGGAAAGUCAUAUCUGUUCGAUGACAAAGUGAAGAAGUGUGCAUUCAAGACAUCGGUUGCAGUAAUUUAUAGUUCUGAUGAUGUGAAGCAAACUGUUAAACACUGUAUCCAGAAACUUUGUCAAGAAGAGGAGGACUAUGUCAGCAAAGGUUCUGGUUGGUCUCUGUCUAGUAUAAACCGAUUGGAGCUAAGAAUAAGUCAUUUCACGCCUAUGCAGGGCUAAAUGUUUAUAAGAUUGCUGGCUUUCGCAAGUGAUCCUGUAGUGGAAUAUAAAUUAUGUAAUAAAUAUUACGUUUGUAAAAUAA